AUGGGCGGCGGGAGCAGUGGUUUUCGGUACAUUCCGUUCGGGUCGGGUCGGAGGAGCUGUGCGGGAGUUCAUUUGACGGAGAGGCUGAUGAAGUAUGUAUUGGCUUCGUUCUUGCAUUGUUUCGAGUGGAAGCUUGCCGACGGGGAAGGAGGAGUUGUUGAUUUUGCCGACGAGUUUGCGCUGUUGAUCAAGAAGAAAAGGUCGUUAAUCGCAGUGCCGACUCCCCGCCUGCUUGCUAGGCCAGAGCUGCUUGCUUAA